UGUAUAAAUUCCCACUUGUUUCGGAGUUGGGUUAUAGUAGAUAUUCCUUGUUUUGAUUGUGAGCGGUCUCAGACGUUGAGAAAAAUGAAGGUCCUGUGCAUUCUCCUUGUCGUAGUCGGAGCUGCCGUGAGCAGAGAGGUGGGCAAGGUGGCCCGACGGGAGGAGGGGUAUGAAUGUCCCCCACGGGAAGAAUCGUUUAGCUACAUGAGCUUCUGUGCCUGGGAUCCGUGCAACAUGUUUGCUGACCAGCCUUGUGCUGACAUCCCUGAGGCCGUCUGCAAAUUCGAUGCCUGUGAAAACCAUGACUGUAUACCCAUGUUUUUCGUUGACAAGAAGUGGGUGGAAUGCGAGGAUCUCGUGUAUUACGACGAGUAGAUUUGAAAUAUCCCCCGAAUUGUCACAAUAUUGACAAAAGUUGAUAUUGUCUUUUGUACAGAUGCUUUCCUUUACAGACGUGUAAUUAGUGUAUUUCUAAUAAAUUGUAUAGAUUGUA